AAGAAGAGAAAGAAGCAGGCUGCUGAGUCGCGAAAAAAUUGCCGUGCUUUGUGCGAAUCUCCUUUCGCGAUUAAAACAGUGCUUUCUGUUUCCAUUUUGUGAUUAUUUCCUGUGUUUCCAUCAGUGUGACGAUGUCGAGAAACUUCCGACGAGGUCGCGGCAGCCGCAAUCAGCUCGGAGAGCGUAACUUUUACGAAGUACCACAAACGUACGUGGACCACGAUGACCGAGGCGAACGCAACAACGACCGACGUGGUCGCAACAACACGGUGCGGCGCGUCAGCUUCAAACCCUCCGGAAACGGGGCGGGGGGUCGGGGCAAAGUCUCCCGCGCCAUGCAGCAGGUUGUGCGUAUCCACCUGAACCGGGAGGAGGAUGAGGCGAUGCGGGGUGACACGUUCGAUACCGAUUUGCGCACUCAUAUCGGCAACAACAACAACAAUAAUAACCGGAACCGGACCAACCGCGGACGGCGUAGCGGAUCACCGUUGCCACGCGGGGCAGGCAACGCACACGUGCGGAAGAAGCUCGUCCCCUCACAAACCAGCUGGUACGAAGUGCGAAUACCGUACGGACAGAAGUACGAAAAGGAGUUUGUGUUACGCUCGAUCCAGCAAGCAAUCAGUCCACAGAUCUUCAUUCCGCGCUACUACAAGGCGGCCGAAUCGUGUGCCACGUUUUAUGUGGAAGACUUUGCUACGGCCGAAGCGAUCCAGAAGAUGGAUCGCAAGAUCGACACUCCGGACGGGCGAAAGAUGAUUUUGCUCGUACGCAGCAACCAUCCGGUCUUUCAGGUGAACGAUCAGCUGAAAGAGCGCAUGAAGCAAGCGAUGGUCAAACGCUACAACCCGGCGACCAAGGCACUGAACCUGGAAAAGUUUCACGCGGAUCCGGACCUGAGUGACAUUUUCUGUGCCCUCUUUCGGCCACAGAUCAUUCUCGUGGCCAUCGAUAUCAUCGCCGAACACAUCCCCGAGCUAGAAGCGCUCAACUUGAAUGACAACAAGCUGUACAUGCUUGAUCACCUAAGAACGAUGGCCACUAAAAUCCCCAACAUAAAGAUACUGUACAUGGCCAAGAACCGGAUACCGUACAUCAACACACUGGACAGUUUGAAGGCACUCAAGUUGGUGGAACUGAACCUAGAGGAAAACCCCUUGAAGCAGCGUUACGAGGACCAAACAGUCUACGUCAGUGAAAUUCGUAAACGUUUCCCGAAAGUGAUCAAGCUGGAUAACAUCGAGCUACCGCCCCCGAUAAGCUUCGACGUGGAGGAUGAAUCAAAAUUUCCAUCCUCAAAAGCCUCGUUCCUGUGCGACGCAAGCGGGACCGAUCUGGUGCGACAGUUCCUGGAACAAUAUUUCGUCAUUUUCGAUUCCAACAACCGGCAAAUGCUGCUAGAAGCGUACCAUGAGCAUGCCAUGUUCUCUCUCACGGUCAACACAUACCAUCAGAAUAAUCAGCAAAAAUUGGCGGCAUAUAUGCAUGGUAAUCGUAACAUCAAGCACAAAACCGAUUUGGACUCGAGGUGUCGUUCGCUCAAGCAGGGCCGGCUGCAGGUUGUUUCGUAUCUGUCGGAACUCCCUCCUACCAAACACGAUCCACAGUCGUUUGCCGUGGAUUUAACGCUUUUCACGCCCCAACUUCUGCUACUCACCGUUACGGGCGUGUUUAAGGAGCGUAAACCUAACAACAACAAUGAAAUGAUUCGUUCAUUCCAACGUUCGCUUGUCAUUGUUCCGUCCGGUGGUGGAUUUUGUAUUCGCAACGAGAUGAUGCAUAUCAACGGUGCAACCCGUCUACAGGAGGAAAAGUCGUUUAAGGAUGCAACGGGUUUCGCCGCUACUCCUGCUCCUUCCCUUGCUUCAACGCCUGCCGUAUCGCCGCUCCCAACCGUCAGUGCACCAGACGAUAACACAAAACUACAGAUGGUACAGGCGUUAGCCACGCAGAGCACGAUGAAUCUGGAUUGGAGCCGGCGGUGUCUCGAGGAAACGAACUGGGAUUAUCAGCGAGCCGAAUUUGCGUUUAGCGAACUGCAGAAACAGAAUCGGAUACCACCUGAAGCAUUUAUUAAAAAUUAAUGCUUUUUCCACGAACUUUUGUUGAUGCGCGAGGUUUUUUGUUUAAAUAACUUCCGGAUUCGGUUUCAUUCAUGAAUUGCAGUUUUAGUUAGCACCACAUGAAAAAUAGUCUGUGGGUAGUACCGAUUGCUACAAUUAGCACUACUACUUAAUCACCGCCAUGUAAAACAAUUAUAGAGCCCAACCAUCUGAAAGCUGCUUGUCCAAGAGCUGCGUUCAAGACGUGUUGGUAUAUGAAACCGGUAUUUCACAUUAUUUUAUUCAAUUGUUUCCGACGUGUUGCAGUUAGAUGUUUUUUACACUGAUUCUGUGUAUGAUUAAGAUAUUUUCGAAUUAGGAAAAAAUGCAAAUGUUUGCUAAACAGCUCCUUCAUAAGAAAUGUUUUUUUUCUUCAUAGGCAAUUAUGCCAUUGUGCAACAGUUUAAAACGUAGUAGGACAAAAGAAAGAAAAUAGAACUCUUUAUAGCAUCCUGAUUCAAUUUUUUUCCAUUCCCGAAGGAGUGAGUAUUUCUUUAUAUCUAUUACUUUCGUUGGCGACACAUACAUUAAAUUUUUCAUUUUUGUUUCACUCUCUGCAUUGUACUUUAGCUGCUUGGAUUAAUUAAAUUAAACUAAACUAGUUUUAAUAUUUGCAACAUUGUGCAAGGUGCAAAAGGCCGAAACUUGGUCUAGUGUAAAUAAUUCAGUCAUUAUGUACGCGAUCCGUGUUCUCUGAACUGAUAACCGGAAUGAGGCAAUAGGCUGACGAGAAAUACAUGGGGAUGGUCAAUUUUAUACCUAGCGCGUCACAUUCGUGCUCGGAUCGGAUAAUCUGUGCCGAAUGAGUCGUCAAUAAGACUGGGUGGGGGAAUAUAAGGAACCUCGUUUCUACACUCAUAGAGAUAACCUUCUUUGAUCGAUAAGAAAUGAUGGACGAUUUCAGUUGCAUGUACAGGUCAGGACCAUGUGAAACAGUCAAAAACACAGAUUCGAAUCAAGACAAUUUUGUUGA